AUGGACGACUUGGACCGAUUUGUAGAUGCUAACGAAUCAUAUAACAAUAUUCCCAAAAGAUCUCACCUUUGGGCAUAUUUUAAAGAGUUCUGGUUGGCAAUUGUUACAUGUUUAGCCUGCGUUCUAGCAAUAGUUCAAGGCUCAUGUAUCAAACUCAAUCUCGACAAGGAAACAGGAGUGCCGUUGCUAAUGCUACCAGCAAACUUCUUCCUAAGGCACGUCCGCGGUUUCGUUGUUUUAUUUAUAAUUUUCUCAGCGGCGACCAAAACAGCUCUGCUCUUUGAAACCAAAAGAUCAACUGUUAAACGCAAAAUACUGUUUCACUAUUUUCUAAAUACAUCAUUAACACUGUUCGUAAGCUUCGUGGCAGCAUAUUUGAUAAUUAUGCGAAGAGAUUCCUCAUCUCAAACAAAAUUUUUCGCCAAAUUCGUAAACGAGUCAUACAGACCACUAACCAACUUUGUAAGAUUUUUCAGAGGACUGGCAAUUCACGAUAUACCAGGUAAUAUAAUUACCACAAGAGUUGAAAAUUACAACGAACUUGGCGCUCAAAAAUUAGAAGGCGGCCUGGGAGAUGGCUACAACGCCCCGGGAUUUGUCGUAUUCGGAGCAUUUUUGGCAUGCUCGACAUAUUUCUUGGGUAAAGACGGAGAAAUUCUGCGAAACCUAAUGCAACUUAUACACAGAAGCAUGCUAGCAGUAUACUGGAUAUUGCUUUGUUACAGUCCAUUGGCACUGUAUUUUGCAGGGAUUGUUCAGUAUGACCUGGUUCAGCAGGAAGGAAUGCUUGGCUUCUUGUCCCUAAGAUAUCUGCUCCUUCUUGCCUGUGUAUGUUUAGUAACCCUCGUGCAAAUUUUUAUACUCCUUCCAUUUCUUCACUUCUGUAGAACUAGAAAGUUCGGAUAUGAAGUUAUCUCGAGACUAUUCGCAAUCAUGCCCAACGCAUUCGUCGGAGGCUCCUCAGUACGCAUGGUUGAAAAGACCAAAAUGUACCUAAAGAGCAAAAGGUUCAGCGUAGAAUCUGUGGACACAUAUCUCAACUACUGCACUUUGAUAAAUGGCUCAGGAAUCGCCUCUGGGUUUGUAAUCAAUGCAAUCUUCUCCCUGAAAUUAUACGACGCCGAUUUUGACUGGGCUGUGAUCUUCAAAAUCGUACUUACUGGCCUUUUAGUAAGCCUUGCAGUCCCCGAGUUUAUCCAGGGAUACAUGUUUGGAAUCAUAUUUUUUCUAAACACGUCUAUGAUAAAUCCCGACUUUAUCGUUCUUAUUUUGCUCGUGGACUGGCUCAUGGACAGGUUCAGAGUCGUCGCCAACGUCGUUGCUGACGCACUCACUGUCGAUUAUAUCGAGUCCAUUAGUAAAUCUUCAACCGCUACCACACAAAGCUUGUAA